AUGCUUGCCACCACUGUCCUUCUGGGCGGCCUUGUUGCCGUUGCCCAGGCUGCCUUGGACUGCGGUGCGUACGGCACGGGUCCCAGCGAUGGCACGCGCUACACGGCGCCAGAUGGCAAGCAGUGGGACAUACGCUGCCACUCUACCUACGACUCGGCCAGCUACCGCUGGGGGGGCGACAACUACCCCAACCAGGAGGCGUGCAUUGCUGCCUGCAGCGCCCAGGGCGCGUCCCAGUGCAACUAUGCCGCCUAUGCCAAGAUCUGGAACUCCUGCCUCUUCGCCCUCACCACCCCGGCCGAGAGAGCCGCCCCCAUGACCGUCAACAAUGCCUACUCGGGCGCCCUCCUCGUCCAGCCCCUCAACUGCAACGACGGCUCCAGCAAUGGCACCGUCUUCACCGCCCCCGGCUCGAUCCAGAAGUACCAGGUCCUCUGCAACUACCAGUACGGCGGCAACACCCUCGGCGCCUCCAAGCGAGCCGACACCCUCGAGCAGUGUGUCGGCUUCUGUGACGCCGCCACCGGCUGCGUCGACGCCAUCUGGAGUGACGCCAAGUACUGCUGGCUCAAGUCCUCCAAGACCAAUGGCUACAAGUCGGGCGGCUGGCACAGCAUCGUCAAAGUCCCCGCCGGCUUCGUCCAGCCUGCUCCCGCCGGCGCCUCCGCGCCCCCUCCUCCCAACUCCAUCCGCUGCGACGACAACUCGGCCGACGGCACCGUCUUCAGGGCUCCCUCCGGCGCCCAGUACGAUAUCAAGUGCAACUUCCAGUAUGCCGGCCAGACCCUCGGCAGCAGCAAGUACACCGAGACUUUCGAGGUGUGCGCGGAUCUGUGUGAUUCUACUGCUGGCUGUGUCGAGGGUAUUUGGAGCAACGCCAAGUACUGCUGGCUCAAGUCGUCUAUUACUGGCAAUGGCUAUAAGUCUGGUGGCUGGUACAGCGCUGUCAAGAAGCAGAACGUCAUGAUCACCCACUAA